GAGAGAGAGAGAGAAGCCUAGCCAAGACUUCCACUUGUCAGUAGUGACCCGUUCCCUCACACACGUCCCCCUCCUCUUUAGGUAAAAUGUCAAAGUUGGACCAAGUCCUCGUUCUCGAGCCUCCCUCGGACCUCAAAUUUAAAGGUCCAUUUACAGAUGUUGUCACCACCAACCUCAAGCUGAAGAACCCGUCGGACAGAAGAGUGUGUUUCAAAGUCAAGACGACUGCGCCGCGCCGGUACUGCGUGCGGCCCAACAGCGGCGUCAUCGAAGCGGGAGCCGCCGUCAAUAUCUCUGUUAUGCUACAGCCCUUUGAUUAUGACCCCAACGAGAAGAGCAAACACAAAUUCAUGGUGCAGACCAUCUUCGCACCACCCAGCGUCUCUGACAUGGACUCUUUGUGGAAAGACGCGAAACCCGAUGACCUUAUGGACUCCAAGUUGAGAUGUGUCUUCGAGCUGCCUUCCGAAAAUGAAAAGAUGAAUGACGUCGAGCCGAGUAAAACUGCGCCGGUGAUGAACUCUGCCAAGGUUGAGCCCCCCUCAGCAGCAGCCACGGCAGCAGCAGCAGCACCCCCCACCCCAGUCAUGGCCGCCGCCUCUGCCUCCUCAUUGGAUGACAGCGAGAUGAAGAAGCUGAUGGAGAAGUGCAAGCGGCUGCAGGCCGAGAUGAGCAAAAUGUCAGAGGAGAACCGGCACUUAAAGGACGACAGCGCCCGCCUGAGGAAGGUGGCGCGCUCGGACCAGGCGACUCCCAACUCGGCCGCCUCCCUGCCCUCCCUGCUGGUGGUCAUCGCGGCCAUUUUCAUCGGCUUCUUCCUAGGGAAGUUCAUCUUGUAGACUCGCGAGUCGGCGGCGGCGGCGUCUCCGUCCCUCCAGCCAAGUGUUUGUGUUGACGUCCCCCAUAUCACCGCUUGCGUGGGCCUCCGGGCCAACACAUGUGUACGACAAAGGCGCCAUUUUUUUUUUUUUUUUUUUUUUUUUUUUUAAACCUUUGCACACGGUUAAGCACAUGCAGGCGUCCAGAAAGCAGAAAGGUGACGACAAAGCGAGUUUUUUUUUUUUUUUUUUAAAGGUUACAGGUCAAGUGACAAGAAGUUGUCUGUCCAAAUGGAAGUAAAUCAUCACUACCACCCUCUUCUUCUUCUUCUUCUUCUUCUUCUUCUUUGUCUCUUUUUAAUCGGCGUGGACUUGAUUGUUUUAAUGAAAGUCUUCUUAAACAAAGACGAAGAAAUUCCAUCACCUUCACUGGAUCGCUUUCUUUUUCUCUUCUUGGAAUGUUCACGUCCAGUUGGGGAUUAAGGUACCUCCUCCUCCUCCUCUUCCUUGUACAUUUUGUCUAUUCUUUACCCACCAAUGCAGACUUUAUAUUAUUAUUAUUAUUAUUAUUGUUAAUUAUAUAAAUCUAUUCCCUUCUGAGGCAAACAUUGACUGAAAUGGGUCUCCAUUCUUUAAUCCUGUCCCAUGAUAUUAAGAAAUGAAAAUAAAAGUGGGGGAAAAAAACCCCAGUGCUUUCCAUA